UGAAGGCGGCACAGCUCGGGCUGGCUGCUGCUGAUGCGGAUGUUCCUGCUGCUGAAUUGAAUCAGAAGUGCAGCUCUUGUUUCCGAAAAGUUUGACCUUUAGAUGCUUUGAAGAUGUCGGACAGUGUGAGCCUCAGCCACGACAGUGGAGCGCUGCUGGCCCUCGCAGCAGUCAGCUUGGGCCUGAUAACCAUUCUCAGUGUGUGGAAGUUAAAACAGUUCAAAUAUGGGAUAGUAACUGAAACUGGAGGUGCACUGUUCUAUGGGAUGCUUCUGGGGUUAACAGUGAGAUGCUUGCCGUUUGCCCGGGUAGUGCACAUGGAAACUGUGGAGAGCGUGUGCAGUUGUGAUGCUCUUAACAGCCCUCCUCAAAUUUUGAUGGUCAACGUCACGUCACACGGGCACUGUUACAGGCACGUUGGAAAACUAGACCAAAGAUGCCCACCGACCUCCGCCCUUCGUACGGAGACCUUUGAUCCCGAAGUCCUUUUCAAUCUUUUCCUGCCACCCAUCAUCUUCCACGGAGCUUACACCCUUAAUCAGAAACGAUUAAUUGACAAUAUGGGACCUGUUCUGACCUUUGCCUUUUUGGGUACCAUUAUCAGCUGCAUGGCUAUCGGGGCCUGUGUCUACGGCUUCACCAGACUGAUGGUAAUAUUGGGCCGCGCAGCAGAGGGAGACUUCUUCUUCACGGAUUGCCUCCUGUUUGGUGCCAUUAUGUCAGCCACUGACCCAGUUUCAGUCCUUCGCCUGUUGUCAGACCUGCGUGUGGACCUGGAUCUGCACACCCUGCUGUUUGGCGAGAGCGUGUUGAACGACGCCGUGGCCAUCGCCCUGACACACGCCAUCACAACCUACGGCCGGACGGGUGCAGGACACACCUUUAAACCCCCUGCCCUGUUCUACUCUGUUGGGUAUUUUCUCGGCGUGCUUGUCGGCUCCGUCCUCUUGGGUUUCAUAUUCGCUGUCAUAACAGCCCUCCUCACCAAAUUCACUCGCCUGCACGAGAGCCCGCUGCUGGAAACAUCAGUCUUCGUCCUGCUGUCCUGGAGCAGCUUCCUCUCGGCUGAAGUCGCUGGACUAUCAGGUGUUGUGGCAGUGCUGUGUUGUGGCUUGAGCCAGGCAAGGUACACGAGUCUUAAUUUAUCCUCUGAGGGCAGAACCAGGACCAAGCAGCUCUUUGAAGUCUUCAACUUCCUGGGGGAGAUUUUCAUCUUCGGCUACAUGGGAUAUAUAUUGUUGAUGUUCCCUCACCAUGUCUUCAAAGCCCUCUUCAUUUCUGGGGCAUUUCUCUCCAUCUUUAUUUCAAGAGCAUGCAACAUAUACCCUUUGUCUUUCCUGCUAAACCUGGGCCGUGCAAACAAGAUACCCCGCACCUUCCAGCACUUCAUGACGUUUGCAGGUUUCAGGGGGGCUGUGGCGUUGAGCCUGGCUAUAAGAGACACAUCCACAGAAGUAAGGCGCACCAUCCUCACCACUACUCUGCUGCUGGUCUCCUUCACCGUCUGGGUCCUGGGUACGGCCGCCGAUCCCGUGCUCCGCUGUCUGGACAUCAGAGUGGGGGUGGAUCCAGAUCCUGACGAGGACCUUUCUUUUGAGGUUGCUACAGGGGGGCCAGACACAACACCAGGCUGGUGGCACCGCCUGGACUACAAGUAUCCUUUCAUUCCUUUCUCCUCCAAAGCGCUCUCACAUGUGCUUUCGCCCACAAUGUACCCGUCUGUGAAGUGGUGUUAUACAGCGACUACGGGGAAAAAACGUCCAGUGCUUCAGUUCGGGACACAUGAUGCCAGACCUUUAACUAUUGUCAUGACAGAACAAACAGGAAGUUCAUUAACUUCUUUCGAUGGGUGGUCCUCUAACACAUAUUCAUUAUAUGCUGUACAUGUGUUUGUCUGUAUGUUUGCAGUUGUAUCAAAACAACAUGUAUACAUGUUCGCAUGGUAGUUUUUCAGAAUAAUAAAUAUACAUUCAAUGGCCUCUAUGUUUGCACAUUAAUCAGACAGUUUGACAUUUAGCAAAUAUGCACUCAUUCGCUUUUUUGCUAAGAGUUAUAGAUGAGAACACAGAUGCACUGCUCUUGUCUGUACGAUAAAUACACCAGUAAGGGUAAUUCCCAUUAUUUCUAACUAUUGCUCAUGUAUUUGCUGUUAACUACAGGGUGAACUGGAUUCCUGUAAGCAGAGAGUGUAGUUAAAUCAUUUGGCAGUAAGAAACAGUUGUGUCCUCUGCGCUGGAAUUUCAUGAGAGCUGCAUUAGUUUUAGGCUAAUCCAAUUUACUUUAUGGAUCCGAUCUCCGUGGUAAAACAAUCAGAUGCAGGUCUGAUAUUGCCGUCGUUAAGAGUAUUCAUUUAAUGCAUGAGUGUGUUAAUGUUAACAAAUAUUUAUUUAUUUAUUUUUCAAGAAGUGCAUUUAAAGUAUUGGGGGGGAAAUGUAUGAUUGGUCAGUGUUGGUUAAGUAUUAACGACUCACUGCUUAAAAGUUGUCUCCUGCAGCAACAAGCAAGUCUCGAGUCAAAUCGUUUUCCAACAAUUCAAAACCUCCUAGUAACCUCCUCAUAGUUGUCGGUGUUUAGAACAGACUCACGAGUAUUAUGAGAAACUUACUUUGGCCUGUUGAAUCAUGUUAUGACCGUCAGACUAACAGUAUCACACUAAUUAAAUGGACUAAUGAAGAUGUACAGUAUCAACGGUGUCGUGAGUAAAACAUUAUGCAACCAUGUUUUUGCACUUGUGACUAUACAGUGAAUCGAGUGAAAAAGAAAUAUGUAGGCCGUGAACAAAAAAUAUAAUAAAAAUUAAAUCCGUAACUGCAUUAAAGAAUGAAAACUAAGCAGGUAAUUGCUUUCUUGGGACAACCUUGGCAGAAAUUAAGGCCUCAGGUUUUUCUGGAUUUGUAUGUAUAUACUCGGGCCCUCAAGAUUUGGGGAUUGUCUUUCACUUUGUUCUUGCAUGCUAUCUUAAAUUUAAUGAAGUUUAAUAGGGAACAUCUGGCUAGAUAAGAAGAAAUAAUCUGGACAGCCAUGGAGUUAAUAAUAAUAAUACAUUUUAUUCAAUGGUGCCUUUCAUGGCACUCAAGAGCACCUUACAUCAAAUACAGUAAUACAAAUAGAAUAAAAUCAUGCAUUAACAAAUCAUGAGCACAGUCAACAUUUGUUAAAAUCGACAAUUGUAAAACACAAGGCCGUUAAAAAGUGUCGGUUCAUUUAAAAAGAGUGUUUUAAGAGCAGUUUGGAGUUGUGUGUUGGACUCCAGUAAGCGGAUGUGAGGAGGGAGAAAGUUCCAGAGUUUUGGUGCUGCAUGGGAGAAAGCUCUGGCACCAACUGUGCCGAGUUUAAUGGCUGGUAGUGCCAGAAGACCUGCUGGACCGCAGGGAGUGAGAGGGGGUUUAGGUCUGAAGGAUCUCUGUGAGAUGAGGAGGGGAUAAAUUGUGAUGAGCCUGAGGGUACUGGAGGGGAGAGUAGAGGUGGGCUUGGUGGACAUAUAAAGCUGUGUAUUUUCAGCAUAACAGUUGAAAUGGAUACCAUAGUGUCGGAAGGUGUUGUCAAUGGGAAGGAGGUAAAUGAUAAACAGGAGUGGCCCCUUUACUUUACACUGUGGAACUCCAUGGUAGACUGUGGAGUGGUUCUGAUUCUUUACCAAAUGAGUCCUGUCUGCAAGGUAGGAGGAAAACCAAUGAUACACAGUUUCCCCAAUUCCAAUCCUGGCCAGAGGGUCCAUGAGGAGCUGUUUAGAGUAUACAUUUCAUGCAUGAGUGUGCUAAUGUUAUGUGUGUGUAUAUAUAUAUAUAUAUAUAUAUAUAUAUACACACACACACACAUUAGAGAAGUGCAUUUAAAGUAAAUUACAGUGAGGGGGGGAAAUGUAUGAUUGGUCAGUGUUGGUUAAGUAUUAACGACUCACUGUGGAUUGUAAAAGCUUUAAAACUGCAGUAAGAUUGGGAAAUUGAACUUGCCCAAACUGAAAAAAAGUUGUCUCCUGCAACGACAAGUAAGUCUUGAGUCAAACAGUUGCCCAACAAUCAAAACCUCCUAGUUUACCUCAUCAUAGUCGUAGUAGGUGUUUACAACAGACUCACUAGUAUUAUGAGAAACAGCCCUCAUACUUUGGCCUGUUGAAUCAUGUUAUGGCCUUCACACUCAUUCAAUUUGUGUUACCAUAGUAACUACAAGGGUAUACCCAUACCCAGUGGCUAUAGUUAAAAGUCUACGUAGUGGGUUACUUUUAACAGAGAGAGAGAGAGACUGUGCGUGUGUGUGUGUUUGUGUGUGUGCGUGCGUGCGUGCGUGUUUGUGUGUGUGAGUGAGAGAGAGGGAGAGAGUGGAUGAGAGGAGCCGUGAGUAGGAUGAAAGGCAGGGUCCUGGUCUGUGUUUCCUUUUGAAGGAUGAAACUCUAAAAAAUAUAUAUAUUAUUAUGCAGAUGCUUUGAUGUGGACCAGGUGAGAGGAGUCCCAGUCUGGAUAAUGGAGCUUCAACUUGGCUCGCUGGCGUCUCAUGCUAAAAGGCUUACUGCUGCUUCAUUAGCCGUUUCCCUGUCAGCCUGGCUUUAAGGCUCAUUAGGACAAACAUUUGACUAUUAAGCGCUUACUUUGACGGACAGCUAAGCCUAUAUUUCUCGCUGAAGUGAUUUGCAAACUCUGGUUUCAGGGCUGGCCAGCAAGGUUUUUGUUCUGACUCUGGCAUCCCAGAGGCCACCCAUGUUCAAGAGACCCAAGGUGGCAGCAUUUUGUGGUCGGCAUGGGUUUACGGAUGAGUCCAUGGAGUGACUUGUGUGUUAAGUCUCAGAUUGCUACCGAUAUCAAUGGUAUUAUAUAAUAUACCACAAUAGCAAUAAGCAUAAACAAUACUACACAAAAAGUAGCAGUUAGAGGGAGGUUUGGAUUAUGCAUAAAGGAAAUGUACAAGUAUUCAUUAGGCACAGUCACAAAAUAUAUACUUAUAUUUUUGUGUUUUAACAAUGUUUCAAUGAGACACAUUCAGUAUAUCAAUCUAUUUAUCUUUCCUACCUUAAAUUGGAUUUUUCGGAUUGCAGUCUAAGGUUCAUUUUUGCUCAUUUUUUGAUGUCUUCUUUAUUUCUUACUUCUACUCAUUGUUUUUCUCUCUCUUAGAUGAACAUAUACCUCAAAACUCUACUGUUUUACUCUACUGAGUAAAUGUACUCUUCCUCCACUGAUGAGAGGUCAGGAAAAGGUGACGUGCUGGACAUGUAGGGAGGAAAUUAUACUUACUGUGUGAUAGCUGAAGCAGCAGUUGUGCUUCUAUCCCCCACACUGCUACUCAGCACCUUUUCUAACACACACACACACACACACACACACCACACACUGUGCACCACAGAACAGCACUAGCAGUUAUAAUUACCAUCACUGUCUAGUAUAAUGCCAGCACGGAACAGCAGGACACUUCCAACAAGAACAGAACUCACUCCUGUAGGUCCCAAAUGAGUCAUUAUCCCCUCCCUUUUCUACCCCC